CAGAGCAGCAUGCGCAGUGAGCAGCGGGACGUGGGACGUGCAGGACGUCUCCCGAGCAGGCAAGAAACCCUCCACGUCACAGACGCACACAUCGGGCCGCAUCUUCCUGCCAGUAUACAAGUAAACGCACGGAGGAUAACAAUCUCUUCUCGCUCAUCACCAUGGGUUCCACCGAGCGCCGCCUUUCUUCCAUCACCGUUAAUGCCGAAAGUGAGGACGAUGGUUUUGACGACCUGCUCUCCUCCAUCGGGUUUGGUCGGUGGCAGGCAAUAAGCGUGGUGGUAGUGCUCAUCAUCGCUGCCUUGCUGCCAGUACAGAUGGUAGGAAUGACAUUGAUAGCUCCACCAAUACCUUUCCGCUGUUACGGGGGAUCCUUCUCCACAGCGGAGAACCAGUCUGCACUCACUGUCGAUGACAAGCUGAGGGAGAUUUUAGAGUUAGGUAAACUCAACAAGACUGAAUUCGAUGAACGGUGCCUGCCUGCCUCUGAGCAAGAUGAAGACUCCAUGUGGCUGCAUCAGCCUAAGAACUCCAUCAUCACCGGCAUGAAGUCAUGUCCUAUCAUCGAGUAUGACAGUUCCAUCUUCUCCUCGUCUGUCGUUUCUGAUUUUCACCUGGUGUGUGAAGAGUUCCACAUGCAGGCAUUCUACCAGAUCAUGUAUACAGUCGGGGGAGCCCUGGGCAGCGCCAUCGGAGGUCAGAUAGGAGACAGGUUUGGGCGGCGGCGGGCAGUUCAGUUGGGCGCCGUGCUGUACCUAGGCGGGAUUCUUGCAAUCGCCUUCGUGCCGCUCUACGAAGUAGUGUUAAUGAUGCGCGUCAUAUUGGGCUUCGCCAACACGAGCAUGCUUGUGACCGGCUGGAACAUGGUUAUAGAAGGAUCCCCGGCAACGGCCAGGACCCUAACGGGUAUGUUGAUGGGGCUGCCCUUCUCCAUAUUCAUCAUGCUCUUAGCAGGCGUUGGCUACUUCAUCAGGACAUGGCAAAAUCUUCUUUUGGCAUGUAGCGCCCCCGUGUUCUUUCUAAUCCCACUCUCCUUCAUUGUGGACGAGUCACCGCGAUGGCUGCUACAACAAAACCGAAGCAAGGAAGCUUAUGCCAUACUACAGAAAGCCGUCAGACUAAACAAAGCAAAGAUUAAGGGUGAUCUAUCCACAAUUGUUGAUAAGAUUGCACAGAGGAAUAGAGGGAAACAUCCAGACAGUUUGGUAAUGCCCGCUUCCACGUUCGCCACAUGCAUGAAUGGUCUUCACGAAAUGAUGGAGUAUUUUAGAAGUCCAGGCAUGAGGAUCAUUCUCAUUGUUACGCCGAUCAUCUGGUUCUUCCAGAGUUUUGUCUACCUUGGCCUAGCCAUCAACGCCAACAAUUUCUCCAGCAACGAUCCUUUCCUGUAUGUGGCACUGACAGGAGUGAUGGACUGUGGUUCGAUUUUACUUUCCACACCCGCUACUCCUUUCCUGGGACGUCGUGUUAUGAUCGGCACGGAACUGUUUACUGGAGGCGUCUUGCUCCUAGUGGAGCUCGUCGUUCCUGAUGAAUACUCGUGGGUCAAGUGGGUGCUGGUGAUGAUCGGCUUCCUGCUGGUGGCCGGCGCCUUCCAGGUCAACUUCGUGUAUGCACCCGAGCUCUUCCCGACACUGGCUCGCACGAGAGGCUUUGCUUUCGUCAACCUUGUCGGGAACGUUGGCUUCAUGUGCGCCCCGCUCAUCACCACCAACCUCGCAAAAAUAAGCCGCUGGGCCCCUGGAGUGGUAUUCGGCUGCUCUGGCAUAUUAAUCAGUCUCCUGGUGCCGCUGCUUCCGGAGACCAAUAAGAAACCGCUACCCGAGAACCUCCAAGACGUGGAGGAUCGAUGGAGGGAGAGCAAGUUCAAGUAUAAAUCUAGGGCUACUGGCUCAGAAAAUCUGGCAUACACACAUGAUGGCGAGCGCGACUUGUCUUCCGUGAGGAAUGGCAGUUUCUAAUAGCGGGAGAACGGAAUAUAUGCAGAUGUUGAUUUCAUAGAUCUCAUUAUCUCAACAAGAUCAUCCGCUUUUAUUUCUUCAUUUUCUUGUAUAACGAACGCCCACAGUUUGACACUCGUAUAUUUUACAUUUUCCUUCCCAUGUUUCUUCUUUACUUCAUUGUAAUGAAGACCGACACCACUGAUAAACUGGUCCUUGUCUUCUACAUCACGUGAGUUCCUUUUACCAAUCAAGCAUUGCCACAGGCACAGGUAAAUUCAACACUGAUUAAAAUAGAGGAUUCUGCACAGUUUUCGACCACAAAUAAAAAAAAAAAAAAAAAAAGAGGUCAGUGGUGAAGCUAUUUUAUUCAGCAAAUCAUAUAUCCCAUUAAAACUACCUUUUAAUUUAUUUAUUUAUCUAUUUUUAUUUGCGAAAAGGAGAAUA